AGCCCUCUUUUAAGUUUAUUCUUCUUCUCCGUUUGCUCUCUCUCUCUCUCUCUCUGAUGCUCUCUCGCAGGGGAUGAAAGCUACAAUCAGAUCUCGAAUUGUUGGUACAGGAAUUCCUUUUCGACUUCCUCCAUUUCUGAUUUCAUUCUGUUGACCCCUUGGCUUGUGUUUUAGGGUUUCAGAAGUAAUUUUCGAGGUCUGAGCUUCUCUAGAGUAGCCUUUAUUGUUAACUGUUUCUGGAUUUAGAAAUGGCGAGAGCAGGAGGAAUCACAAAUGCUGUUAACGUUGGAAUUGCAGUACAAGCAGAUUGGGAGAAUCGGGAGUUCAUCUCUCACAUAUCCCUCAAUGUUCGUCGUCUCUUUGAAUUCCUCAUUCAAUUUGGGAAGAUCAUCCUGGAUAAGUUUAGCUCAUUAGAGUGGUUCCUGCAUCUAUCUGGAGUUUGGAGAUUCAGCCUCUGUGCAGAAGCUACCACUAAGAGCAAAUUGGCAUCUUUAAAUGAGAAACUUGAUACAUUGGAGCGUCGUCUUGAGCUGCUUGAAGUCCAAGUUGGUACUGCAUCAGCCAAUCCUUCUCUUUUCACCUGAUCUCUUUCCAGAUGAUGUUAGUAUAUCAACCUUUGAAAACCCUUGUGCUUGGCAUGGUGAACUACCAUACUGUUUCUGGUACCCAGUUUAAAGUUAAUCAGUCCUCUUUAUGUUUCACAUUAUCUCAUUUUGUUUUGGGAUGUAUUGUAGCUGAUUAGAUCUUGUACUAGACUUGAAACAAGUGAUAUUUGAUAUUGUGCAUCUUCAAAACCA